AUGCCUUUCUUUUAUGUAAACCAGCGUGGCUUUGAAGGCAUGCUGUUCUGCUGGGGCUGCGGGGAGCUGGGGCAGAAUGGGCACGGAGGAACCGCAGAUGUGAAAUCUAAAGACGGUCUGCUGGAAGCCUUCACACCGCAGAAACUGGGACGGGUCAAGCUGUUCGCUUGUGGGUCUAGCCACUCCGUAAUUGUCACAGUUGACAACAGGAUCUUUGCCUGGGGUAAUGGUAGCAGUGGACAGCUUGGCAGUGGGGAGAGGACCAUGAAAACCUAUCCGGUAGAGGCUUUCUUGCCAUCCAAUCCGGACGAUGAUGGCACUGGCAUUGAAGUGGCCGGAGUAGCUUGUGGCAGCCGACAUACGUUCAUCUGGACUCAAUCUGGACAUGCUUACAGUUUCGGUAAUAACUUCUAUGCACAGCUGGGUUAUGACUUCAGGAAAGUUGACUUCAAAGAACACCAGUAUUCAGAGGAUUUUGCCGAGCUGCUUGAAUGA